UGAUCGACCUGCUGACUGUGGGCGAGUCCCGGCAGAUGGUGGCUGUGGCAGAGAAGAUCCGGACAGCCCUACUCACUGCUGGGGACAUCUACCUCUUGUCCACCUUCCGCCUGCCCCCCAAGCAGGGUGGCGUCCUCUUUGGCCUCUACUCUCGCCAAGACAACACACGAUGGCUGGAGGCCUCUGUCGUGGGCAAGAUUAACAAAGUGCUGGUGCGGUACCAGCGUGAGGAUGGCAAGGUCCACGCAGUGAACCUACAGCAAGCAGGCCUGGCCGACGGGCGCACGCACACAGCUCUCCUGCGUCUCCGAGGUCCGUCCCGACCCAGUCCUGGCCUGCAGCUCUAUGUGGACUGCAGACUGGGAGACCAACACGCUGGUCUUCCAGCACUGGCUCCCAUCCCCCCCGCGGAGGUCAGUGGGCUGGAGAUUAGGACUGGACAGAAGGCUUAUCUAAGGAUGCAGGGCUUCGUGGAGUCUAUGAAACUUAUCCUGGGCGGUUCCAUGGCCCGGGUAGGUGCCCUGAGCGAAUGUCCAUUCCAAGGGGACGAGUCCAUCCACAGUGCAGUGGCCAACGCCCUGCACUCCAUUCUAGGGGAGCAAACCAAAGCGCUGGUCACCCAGCUCACCCUCUUCAACCAGAUCCUGGUGGAGCUGCGGGAUGACAUCCGAGACCAGGUGAAGGAGAUGUCCCUGAUCCGAAACACCAUCAUGGAGUGUCAGGUGUGCGGCUUCCACGAACAGCGUUCCCACUGCAGCCCCAACCCGUGCUUCCGAGGCGUGGACUGCAUGGAAGUGUAUGAGUACCCUGGCUACCGCUGUGGGCCCUGCCCCCCGGGCCUGCAGGGCAACGGCACCCACUGCACCGACAUCAAUGAGUGUGCUCACGCUGACCCCUGCUUCCCGGGUUCCCGCUGUGUCAACACCAUGCCCGGCUUCCACUGUGAGGCCUGUCCUCGAGGGUACAAGGGCACACGGGUGUCCGGUGUGGGCAUCGACUACGCCCGGGCCAGCAAGCAGGUCUGCAACGACAUUGAUGAAUGCAAUGAUGGCAACAAUGGCGGCUGUGACCCCAACUCCAUCUGUACCAACACUGUGGGCUCCUUCAAGUGUGGUCCCUGCCGCCUGGGUUUCCUGGGCAACCAGAGCCAUGGCUGCCUGCCCGCGCGGACGUGCCACAGCCCAGCCCACAGCCCCUGUCACGUCCAUGCUCACUGUCUCUUUGAACGCAAUGGUGCAGUGUCCUGCCAGUGCAAUGUGGGCUGGGCAGGGAACGGGAACGUGUGCGGCCCCGACACAGACAUAGACGGCUAUCCGGACCAGGCCCUGCCCUGCAUGGACAACAACAAACACUGCAAGCAGGACAACUGCCUCUUGACACCCAACUCCGGGCAGGAAGAUGCUGACAACGACGGUGUGGGGGACCAGUGCGAUGAAGACGCUGACGGGGACGGGAUCAAGAAUGUCGAGGACAACUGCCGGCUGUUCCCCAACAAGGACCAGCAGAACUCGGACACAGAUUCAUUUGGUGAUGCCUGUGACAACUGUCCCAACGUUCCCAACAAUGACCAGAAGGACACAGAUGGCAACGGAGAAGGAGACGCCUGUGACAACGACGUGGAUGGGGACGGCAUCCCCAACGGACUGGACAAUUGCCCUAAAGUACCCAACCCACUACAGACAGACAGGGAUGAGGAUGGGGUGGGAGACGCUUGUGACAGCUGCCCCGAGAUGAGCAACCCCACCCAGACAGAUGCAGACAGCGACCUGGUGGGCGAUGUGUGUGACACCAAUGAAGACAGCGACGGCGACGGGCAUCAGGACACCAAGGACAACUGCCCACGGCUGCCAAAUAGCUCCCAGCUCGACUCGGACAACGACGGACUAGGAGACGAGUGUGACGGGGACGACGACAAUGACGGCAUCCCAGAUUACGUGCCUCCGGGUCCCGAUAACUGUCGGCUGGUGCCCAAUCCCAAUCAGAAGGACUCAGAUGGCAACGGCGUCGGCGACGUGUGUGAGGACGACUUUGACAACGAUGCGGUGGUCGACCCCCUCGACGUGUGUCCCGAGAGUGCAGAGGUGACCCUCACAGAUUUCCGUGCCUACCAGACCGUCGUCCUGGAUCCUGAGGGUGACGCUCAGAUUGACCCAAACUGGGUCGUGCUUAACCAGGGCAUGGAAAUCGUUCAGACCAUGAACAGUGACCCCGGCCUGGCGGUUGGCUACACGGCCUUCAAUGGCGUGGACUUUGAAGGCACCUUCCAUGUGAACACAGUGACUGACGACGACUACGCAGGCUUUCUCUUCAGUUAUCAGGACAGCGGCCGUUUCUAUGUGGUCAUGUGGAAGCAGACGGAGCAGACCUACUGGCAGGCCACGCCCUUCCGGGCCGUGGCUCAGCCAGGGCUGCAGCUCAAGGCAGUGACUUCAGUGUCGGGCCCAGGAGAGCACCUCCGGAAUGCCCUGUGGCACACAGGCCACACCCCUGACCAGGUCCGGCUGCUGUGGGCUGACCCACGAAACGUGGGCUGGCGCGACAAGACUUCCUAUCGAUGGCAGCUGCUGCACCGGCCUCAAGUCGGCUACAUCCGGGUGAAGCUCUAUGAGGGUCCCCAGCUAGUGGCGGAUUCUGGGGUGAUCAUUGACACCUCCAUGCGAGGGGGGCGUCUUGGUGUAUUCUGCUUCUCCCAAGAAAACAUCAUUUGGUCCAACCUGCAGUACCGAUGCAACGACACAGUGCCCGAGGACUUUGAGCCAUUCCGGAGGCAGCUGCUCCAGGGAAGGGAGUGAGGAGGUGUCACCGGAUUCAGAAUCCUGGUUUUAGACCCUUUGGCUUUGGGGUCCAUCCUGGAGACCCUGGGGUCUAGGCUGCAGCCCCUCGGGGCACCCACAAACCCUCCUCUGGCCCUCCACGGAAUUCAGCCACAGAGGGCUUAGUGACCCCACUGGUCAGGGCAUGGGGAAUCAUCACGGGGUAUUACUCAGGCACUAACCCAGGAAAGACAACACCCCCAUUGCCAUAAAGUCCGGUUGUUUUCUAA